CAGGUUAUUCCAUAUAUACUGGAAUCAGCUGCACAGUUGAUCAUGAUAAAUAUAAGUGUGGAAUUUGCCAAAAACAGCUCAGUUGUCAAUCGCGGCUAAAACUCCACAUGGGAACACAUAGGCCUAGUACUUCACGACCAUUUAAGUGUCACCUUUGUCCAAAAACAUUUCUCCAAGUAGGAAACCUAAAUUACCAUAUAAUGACACAUACUGGCGAGAAACCUUUUAAAUGUGAAUUAUGUUUAAAAGAAUUUAUAACGACUUACAUGUUGAAACGUCAUCAAAGAGUCCAUACUGGAGAAAAACCAUAUAAAUGUGAACUUUGUGAAAAGUCUUACAGAAAUCAGCAUGACUUGAGAUUGCAUAUAAAAAAGAUGCAUUGAAUUAAAAGGUAUUGUACAAAAUCCAUAUAAAUGUGAACUUUUUAAAACUUUGAAAUACAUGUAGAUGUACUGAAUCACAAUAUAUUGCUGAGGUCAAAUGACGUAGGAGCUGACGAAAACAAAAUGGCAAAUUAACUAAACUAUGUAAAACACUUUGAAUAAUAUGAUGUUAAUUUCUGGUGUGUUUACCAAUAUUGUACAAAUAUUUCAUACUAUUUUUGGUGGAUCUCUGUUGUACUUUCAAUGAUAUCUUUUAAUGUGAGUCUUAAAAUUUGUCAUUAUUCAUUGCACACAAAUAUUUAAUCUAAAAGAAUUAUCAACCAGUUCAGUUUCAUGAUACUUAGGGGUACAGCGCCUUAAACUGAAUAUG